AUGGCGAGCUACCAGAACGGCGUGGCCCCGGCCCGUGCAAUUGACGAUGACAGCGAUGUCGAGGAGGAGGCUCUUGUGGCCGAGUACAAGGAGCAUGUCCAGUACGAGGACGGCGAGGAGCUGAGCCAGACCAACUCCCUGACCAUGGCUCAGCAGGCCGACGAUCUCCAGGCCCGUCUUGUUCAGGCUGCUCAACCUCUCGAUUUUUCGGCUCCCCUUGAAGUCAAGUUCCAGAGCUACGACCAGUACUGCAGCCUGUUCCAUUACAUUCUCAACUCUGAGGGACCCAUUGAGUUGGAGCCUCCAUCUUACUACUGGGCAUGGGAUGUCAUCGACGAGUUCAUUUACCAGUUCAACUCUUUCUCAUCUUACCGAUCCCGCAUCGCACGACAAGCCUCGAACGAGGAGGAGAUCCAGAUCCUCCGCGAAAACCCCAACACGUGGGGAUGCUACAGCGUGCUUAAUGUGCUCUACUCUCUCAUUCAGCGCUCGCAGAUCACCGAGCAGCUGGCCGCUAUGAAGCGUGGGGAUGACCCCAUGGCCGUCGCCGGCGAGUAUGGAUCUAAGAACCUGUACCGCAUGCUGGGGUACUUCUCCAUCAUCGGGCUGCUGCGCGUGCACACCCUCCUCGGAGACUUCAGCCUCGCCCUCAAGACUCUCGACGACAUCGAGCUGAACAAGAAGGCCAUGUUCGCUCGCGUCAUGGCUGCUCACUUUACCACCUACUACUACGUGGGCUUCUCCUACAUGAUGAUGCACCGAUAUGCUGAUGCCAUCCGCAUGUUCAGCCACAUCCUCAUCUACGUCUCGAGGACCAAGAACUUCCAGAAGAACGCUCAGUAUGAUUCCAUUACCAAGAAGAACGAGCAGAUGUACGCUCUGAUCGCCAUUUGCGUGUCAUUCCACCCCACCAGGCUGGAUGAUACUAUCCACAGCGCCCUUCGUGAGAAGUACGGCGACCAGCUCCUCAAGCUGCAGCGCGGUGGCCCCGAGUCGCUCCCCAUCUUCGAGGAGCUCUUCCGUGCUGCCUGCCCCAAGUUCAUCUCCCCCGUUCCUCCUGACUUUGACCACCCGGAGUCUAACGUGGACCCCGUUGAGCACCACCUUGCGGUCUUCAUGGACGAAGUCAAGACCAACAUGUGGAGCCCUACCAUCAAGUCUUACCUGAGGCUCUACACAACGAUGGACCUGAACAAGCUCGCCGGCUUCCUCGAGGUAACACCUGAGGAACUCCGAGCCUGGCUCUUGGUCACGAAGCAGCGCACGAAGCAGCUGCGAUGGCAGGACCAGCGCCUCUUGGAGGGCGAGCUGGUCAACGUCAGUGACCUUGACUACGCCAUGCAAGGUGAUUUGAUUCACAUCUCUGAGGCGAAGGUUGGAAGAAAGCUUGUGGACUGGUAUCUCCGCAACCUGUCCCGCACAUACAACUAA